AUGGGAACUUCGAGGUCGAUUAUCUCGGGAACCACGUCAACUCCACAGAAGGCAAACAAAUGCAAACGUCUGACAAUCGCUUGCCCUUCGAGCGCACCAUCGAGUAGUAGCCGACGUGUGGCCAACACUUCCACACCUAAUGUCCCGUUAAGUCUCACCCAAAGGUCGGCCAAUAAAGCGCUGAAACCUUUGCCAAACAUUUUAAUGAACCAAACGCUGACACCAAUCGGCAGAUCAGUUGAGAGUCCGAAGCCCUCGACUGUCAUUAGAAAGUUAUAUACGGAGUACUUGGAGCGCACAGUUCUGGACAGCAGUCCCUACGGCUCGCCAUUCACUCCAAAGCUUAUUGUGAAGAAGUCGAGGAAUAAUAAGACAAUGAAUAACACGACUGCUGUCAACAACACGACGCUCUUCAACGACACGACCGCCACUCAAAUGCAUCGCUCGUUCCGGUCGACUACUACUCAAACAAACGAUAGUCUGAGACAAAAGAGUGAUGUCUGCAAUCAGACCUUCGAUGUCCCCAUAAUUGACAAAACCAUUGAUCAAUCGUUGACUCGAAUGAACGACCGCUACAAGAGUAUAGAAUUUAGUGACAGAGUUACUACUUCUGGUUUUCAAAAACCUCCGAUGAAGUCCAGCCCUGGCAAAGAGAACUUCACAAAGCGUUUAGUUCAUCGCAUAUUGCCAUUCAAUUUGCAGUCGAAAGUGCUUUUACCGAACCUUCCGUCGCACCAGCAGCUGAUGACCGCUACCGGCGUCAACACCGGCCCACCCCAGCACAUAAUGCCAGACAUUUCCGUCAGGGAGCUUGAGAAGAGCCAAUCCCUGUGCCGCCCCGACCCGAGCUACCGCAACAAGAGCCCCGCAUUGUGCACUGGAGGCACAACGACUACCGGUGGCCGCAAACUCCCGCACCGACAGCGCAGCACAAUCCAAUUGGACGAGCGGUGUGUCGGACGUGACGACGUACGGCACCCUCAGCGACUCGACCGCACAGCCCGACUCCUUGCAUACCGGCGUGCCUUCCAAUACACAGCUGCGCGACCUAUCGGUGCCUCUGAAAGCGCAGAACAACUUGAAGAACCAAAUGUAUUCGUCGAACGAUUUCACCAAAACAAGGCAAACACUGCAAUGAUGUUCGCAGAUUAUUGUCAUAAAUGUGGCAAAAGGGGUCAAUAUUAA